CUAACUUAUUAAUAGCAAAGUACUCCAUGGAAACUAAGUCGCAGCCGGAGUUAAGUUUACUCUCUUGGGGGGCGAACAGCUACGGGCAGCUGGGACAGGGACAUGUGGAGGACCAGUUAGCGCCCCGGCUCUCUGACACUGCUGCUUUACAAAGCAGGGCAGUCCGGACUGUGAGCGGCGGCGGGGGUCACUCUGUGUUUGUCACCGAGAAUGGAGAGGUGUUUGUGUGCGGACAGAACAACAGAGGCCAGCUGGGCCUUGGCCACAAUACAGACAUCUCAACUCUUCAACUCUGCCCCAGCUUAAAUAAGACAGUCACAAAUGUGACCUGUGGUUGGGAUUUUACUCUUCUUCUCACUGAUUGUGGCCAAGUACUGGCGUGUGGCUCCAAUGCAUUUGGACAACUGGGUGUUGGACCGACAGUCAGGCACUCUGCAGAUCUACUGUUUGUUGAGUGUCUGAAGGAUCCAGUGGUGAGCGUAGCGGCAGGACUUAGACACUCACUCGCUGUUACUGACUCAGGCUGCGUGUAUCAAUGGGGAACCGGUCUUUUCAGUCUGGCUAAGAGAGCACUCAGUCCUCACCCUAUCCCAUCGCACCUCUGCUCUAAGGUGCCCUGUCUGGUACCAGGUCUGGAUCAGAAAACACCACACCUGGUAGCUGCAGGCUCAGCGCACUGUGUGUGCCUUACAGAAGACGGUGAUUUGUUUCUGUGGGGAAGCAACAAACAUAGUCAGCUGACCACCACAGAGCCCUUCCUGUCCUCUCCAACUCUCCUGAAGCGUUCGUUACUGGAUGGAGAGAAAGUAAUACAUUUGUGGAGCGGCUGGACACACAUUGUUGCUCAAACAGAGAGUGGAAGAGUGUUCACAUGGGGCAGAGGAGGUUAUGGACAGCUGGGCCGACAAGCAUCAAUCAAUAAGAACCCAGAGCAGCAGUCAGCUGGUGCUUUAGCAGAAGGUGGAAACCAGGAGGUUUGCCUCCCUGCAGAGGUUAAAGUCCUCAAUGGAGCAACUCAGAUCGCAUGUGGAUCGGAACAUAACCUUGCCAUCGUGGGGGGUUGUCUCCUUUCCUGGGGCUGGAACGAACAUGGAAUGUGUGGAGACGGUUCACAGACCGACGUCUUUCAGCCUCAGCUCAUAUCUGGUCUCAGACCUCUUCUCAUUGGCUGUGGAGCUGGACACUCUAUGGCAUUGUGCACCGCGGCAACUGGCUCGUGAUUAAACUCUGCACCGACUCUAGCAGGAACAUUCAUUCGGCAUGUGACAAUCAGAGACGAGACAAACAGUGACUUUGUGAAGUAACAUUUCUGAGUGAUUUAGUGGCUUAUUGUUGCUAUGCAUGUUAUUUUGAAGUGCCUUUGAAUAUACAGUAACUUUCACCUUCUGAAAAGGCUACCUGAGCUGCUUGAACAGGUCAGACUUCAAACUGAACUGUUGUUAUAAAUACUAUCGUGUGGUUUGACACAGGUUGAGUUAUGUUUCAUGUGAACAGAGGCCAUAAUUUCUCUGACCAGCCCGUCACUUUGAUGGACAUGACUGGGGGCGUUGGCUUUGCAGGACAUGGCCGUGCCUAUGGCUCCUGGUCCAACUGCCAUGUUUGUCUUCCUGAAUGAAGCCGUAAUGGAUCGUGUGAGGGAUGGGCUAGACUGGUGCUAUAGCUCCAUCUUCCCAUGUCAGCGGUUUUAUUGCUGUGAUCUUGAGUGUCAGGAGGCAGUCAUUCCCUGCAAAAUCUCAUGAUUUACCACUCAGACAUACAAGACGGUAUUUUUUCUUUGCUAACUGUCCAUCACUUAUUUAUAUUCUUGUCAGUCUGUGCGAUAUUCUUUGUUGUUAUGUUUGACUUAUUUGCACCACUUUCAUACUGUAUACAUCAUUAAUUCCUUUUGGGAGAAACUUGUCUGCUGCAUUUGACCCAACCUACAUAUUUAUAAGGUGUGGGCGACCACAGUGCAGCACACCCGGGGACUAGCUGCAGGUCUUAAGCAAUGCCUUGGUCAAGGGCGAUGGGAAUGGGUCAGGGAUGAUAUUUUCCCUUAUAUUUACCUUUUCUUUCUUUUCAAAGGUUUUUAUUUUAUGAUU